CGGGGAGGGGGCCGAGAGGGCGGCAAAGCCGGCGCGCGCCCGGCUGGGGGCGGAGGGUGGGGGCCUGAGGGCCGGAACAGCCGCGGCAAGUGGCGGCGGCAUCGGUGGAGGCAGCUGAGACGGCGGCAGUGCGCGGGGGUCCGGGCAGCGACGGCGGCGAGCCGAGGAGGCGGGCGCGAUGGAGCGGAAGAGGUGGGAGUGCCCGGCGCUCCCGCAGGGCUGGGAGAGGGAAGAAGUGCCCAGAAGGUCGGGGCUGUCGGCCGGCCACAGGGAUGUCUUUUACUAUAGCCCAAGCGGGAAGAAAUUCCGGAGCAAGCCCCAGCUGGCACGGUACCUGGGUGGCUCCAUGGACCUGAGCACCUUUGAUUUCCGGACGGGCAAGAUGCUGAUGAGCAAAAUGAACAAGAGCCGGCAGAGGGUGCGGUACGACUCCCCCAGCCAGGUCAAGGGCAAGCCUGACUUGAACACAGCCCUCCCGGUCAGGCAGACGGCAUCCAUCUUCAAGCAGCCAGUGACCAAAAUCACCAACCACCCCAGCAACAAGGUGAAGAGUGACCCCCAGAAGGCCGUGGAGCAGCCCCGGCAGCUGUUCUGGGAGAAGAAGCUGAGUGGUCUGAACGCCUUCGACAUCGCAGAGGAGCUGGUGAAGACCAUGGACCUCCCCAAAGGCUUGCAAGGCGUGGGUCCUGGCUGCACAGACGAGACACUGCUCUCGGCCAUCGCCAGUGCCCUGCACACCAGCACCAUGCCCAUCACUGGGCAGCUCUCGGCCGCCGUGGAAAAGAACCCCGGGGUGUGGCUCAACACGGCCCAGCCACUUUGCAAGGCCUUCAUGGUGACGGACGAGGACAUCAGGCGGGAUGUUCCCUGGCCAGCAGGUCCGUGUGUCCCCAGGAAGCAGGAAGAGCUGGUGCAGCAAGUUCGCAAGCGGCUGGAGGAGGCGCUGAUGGCCGACAUGCUGGCCCAUGUGGAGGAGCUGGCCCGGGACGGCGAGGCCCCUCUGGACAAGGUGGGUGCCGACGAGGAGGACGAGGAUGAGGACGACGACGAGGAGGAGGAGCCUGACCAGGACCAGGAGAUGGAGCACGUCUAGAGCAGAGGCCUGCCUGCCAGGCCACCUUCGGACUCAGCCCUUGCCACACUGGGACCAGGCUUGGUGGCCCAGCCCAGCCAGGAGGAAGGUGGCUUCUCCUCACCCUGUCCAGGUGUGUCCCCUCCCCCAGGUCUCGGGGGCACGGCUGGAGGAUGGCCCUUGCCCGUCAUACUUGCCACAUUUGCUCUUGUCUCAUGAGCCUGGGGCCAUCACUGCGAGUCGCUCCAGGGCUGUCUGCAGCAGGCCCUUCGGUGGGGUCAUCGCUCACUCUGGACGUAGACCAGCUGGUCCCUGCGGCCACUGUCCUGGGCUCCUCACACAGGACAACUGCCACCGGGCAGCCUGUAGAGCUCCCCAUGGGGCUGGAGAAACAUUUUGGAACAGUCUUGCCUCCGGACCUGUGCAAGCGAGAAGUCACGUUCAGGGUCCCCAUCAGCUCUUCCACAAGGGGUGCGGGAAGGCUCCCCUGUGCCCACUGGUGGGGCAGGGCACACCUGAAGCAGAUGGUUCCUUCAAUAAAUCCAUGGGACAAAUGAGGCCGGAUGUCCCCGUAGCUGCUCCACCCUCUGUGUUGGCCUCAUGUGGACAGGAACUCCGGCCUUGGCGCCCCCGGGGGCACAGCUGGAGGAUGGCCUUGCUGUCUGUCCAACUGCCUGACAGUCGGUGCCAUGGAUGGAGAACUACUCAAAGCUGGGCCCACCAGGCCAGGCUCUGAGGCAGCCUUCAGCAGGGACAGUGACACUCACCUGGCAGGGUGGGGCCUCAUGCCUCCUAUCCCUCCCGCGUCCCUCCUGAGGCAUGUUUCACACUUGGGCCCAGGCAGCAGCCUCGGCCAAGCAUCGGGUUUAGAGGCCAUCAGAGUCCUGCUACUUACCUCCUGCAGCCGGAGUGCCCUUGGCCAGGGCGGCUUCCACUGCUUUGAGUGGACCCCGGCCAGCUCCCCUCCCUCAGCUAGAGAUGUGAACCAUGGGCCAGUGGCACCCCACAGCCAGCCAGCCUUGUCUCAGCCCUGCCCUGUCUGCAGCUGUGACUGACAGGGGGCCCAGGUCACUGCCCGUUUGGCCACUCUGAGCUGUGCUGUGGAGGGCUUGCUGGGCAGGGAUGAUGGUGACAGUGGGAGGCCCUCAGGGCAGUGGCUCGCUGCCUGGUCCCAGCCAGGGCUCUGGCCCGGAGGUUGGGCUGACCACAUCCUUCCAAGUCAAAGCACAAAACCCUAAGGACCGUGAACUCUGCCCCACAGAGGCUGCAGUACCAAUGCCAGGGGCCAGGAAGACCCCUCUGCUGAGGCUGCGGCACUGAGGGAAAACUGGGUGGGGCCACAUGAGGCUCCUCUGGUUGGCAUCGAAUAAAGCGUGUUGGGCAA